UUGCUGUAACCAGUGGUAUUUGAGUAGGGAAAAGGUCGGGAUUCAAUGGUUGGAGACAUUUAAUAGAAUUCAAUCAAGUAUACAGGUUUUAAGGGUUUAAGCCGCAAAGAUGUGAUUUUAUACAUUCUGAACUGAGGGAGUGAUGGAGUUUUUCAGCUCUAUAUAAUAGCAGGCUUAUUCCCAUUUUGCUGAGUGACAAGUUCAUUAAAAGACCAACUCUGGCACUCUGAAUCCUGACAAAGAAUAGGCGGUAAUUAGACUGCAUUCAUUGGCUGAAGACUGGAUUUGAUUUCAAAAUUGUUUACAUAUUGGGGAUAGUAUUUUUGAUUGAUGUGACUUUUGGCCCAUUAUGUUUUGACAUAAAUCCAGUCAAUUAUAAGAGUUUGAGGACAGUGUUUGUGAAUAUGAUGUUGUUGUACCCAGGACAUGUUAUGUAGUGCUUGAUGGAAUUUAGGCCAAAUGUUGAAUUUCCAUUGAUAUUUUGACGAAAUGGAAGACAAAACUAAAGGACGUAGAUUUAGUGUAGCCGGCGGUCAAGGCGGCCGGAGAGGGAGUAUUCUGAUUCCUGACAAAGUGUACAGGCAAAAGCUCAAAGAAGAGAGGGAAGCUAAGCGAGCACAUCUAGAUGAGCGCCACUUCUACAUCCUACAGACCGUCGCUGACAGCCUCGGUCUGGAACUCACCGAAGUGGAGGAUGCCAUAUUGGAGGGAAAUCAGAUUGAAAUGAUGGACCAGUUCCUGAGUCCAAACAGUGUGAGCCAGCUCUUGUUCUAUUACCAAGAACCGGAACAUGUGGAACCAGUGGCGGUCGGAUUUCAUAUUCCCCAAACUGCUGAAUCAAGGAAAAAAGACCAGAAUAUUUUGGAUCAUUUGAGAGUGGGUCCACCUCAAGCCAAAGUUUCCAAGACAUCCAAACCCAAGGUGUUUGUCACCAAUGGCCGAGACACUCCCCUGCGAGGAGUGGCCCUAGUCUUCACCAAAGUGGCCGAAGCAGAUGUCACCAUCACCGAAACCAAUAUUAUGAAGGAAGUGACCUUCACUCGUUUGGAUACCAGUGGGAAUGGGAAAAACGGCAGUGGACUGCUGCAUGCAGUAGAGACUCUUCUGUCCUCCAUCUUUAUUCCUGCCCUGAAAAACCUUGACAAGGGAUGGGGAGCUCUGGGCACUCCUUCUGGUGAACAAGUCCGACAGGACUUCUUGAACACUCUGGACUCUUUUGUUUCAGUCCUUGUUGGCGCACAAGAAAGCUUGGAAGAAAAGGUUACACUCAAGCCCUGUGAGACCUAUGACCUGUCCAAAAUCCAGACCCCAGCCGACUACCAGGCAGUGGCCAACAGCUCGGAGGCCCUUGAGGGGAUCGAGAACUGUAUGAACGUCUGGCUGAAGCAGCUUGAGCAGGUCCUCGCUGAGAGCGAGCAGAUGAGGAAGGAAGCAGACGACAUUGGACCCCGAGCUGAGCUCGACCACUGGAAGAAACGCAUGUCACGCUUCAACUACCUCCUGGAUCAGAUCAAAGGGCCAGAUGUGAAGGCUGUGCUGGGUGUCUUGCAUGCCUCCCAAUCCAAGCUCAUCAAGCAAUGGCAAGAGCAUGAUAGGAGAAUCACCGACUUAGCCAAUGAGGCCCGUGACAAUGUCAAGUUUCUGUACACCCUGGAGAAGUUCUGUGACCCUCUGUACAACAGCGACCCUGUUGGCAUGUUGGAAGGAAUACCUGGCCUGAUCAAUGCCAUCAGAAUGAUCCAUUCCAUCUCCAGAUACUACAACACAUCUGAGAGGAUGACAUCCCUCUUUGUCAAGAUCACUAAUCAGAUGAUCACUGCGUGUAAGUCCUACAUCAGUUGUCAGAAGACAGAGACUGUGUGGACUCAGAACCAGGCCGACGUUGUCCGUAAACUCAACGACUGCAUCAAGCUCAACGAGGAGUACCAGCGCUGCUUCCACAAAACCAAGGAAAAGCUGGAGAAGAUGCCCAAUGAGAGGCCGUUCGAGUUCUCCGAAAUGUACAUCUUUGGAAAGUUUGACACCUUCACCCGAAGACUGAAGAAGAUCAUUGAGAUGUUUGAGACCAUCUCUAUGUACUCUCAUUUGUCCGAGUCCAAAAUUGAAGGAAUUGAGCAGUCAGCAACAAGAUUCAAUGUCAUUGUGACCAACAUGAAGAAGAAACCAUAUGACUUCUUGGACCAGAGGAAGACUGAGUUUGAACUGGACUUUGAUGAAUUCAAGAGAAUGGUGGCAGAACUUCAUCAAAACAUCCAGAUGUUCAUGGACCAGAAGUUUGAGAAGAUCGUCAGUACCACCAGAGCCCUGGUCCUACUUCAGAGGUUCGAGAAGCUGAACUUACCAGGACUGGGUAUCUACGACAAGUACCAGAGAAUCCUCAGUCACUACGGAAAGGACAUUGAGAAUGUGUCCAAACUGUACCAGAAAAACAAGAAUGACCCACCGGUGGCCAGAGAUCUGCCUCCUAUUGCUGGGAAGAUAGCCUGGGCCAGGCAGCUCUACCGUCGCAUCCAGGAACCCAUGGAAGUCUUCAAACAGCAAGGAAAACUCCUGGAAAUGCCAGAGGCGAAGAGGAUCAUCAAGAACUUCAACAAACUGGCCAAAGUCCUGCUGGAGUUUGAGAUGUUGUACCACAGAGGAUGGCUCAGACAGAUUGAGGCUGCUAGAUCAGGACUUCAGGCCUCACUCCUGAUCAAACACCCAGAGACUGCGGAACUGUUUGUAAACUUUGACCCCCAAAUUCUGACCAUGGUGAGGGAGACUGAGUGCAUGGCCAGGCUGGGACUGGAGAUUCCUCCACUGGCCAUCACAAUGAGGGCCAAGCAGACUGAGUACAAAGACAACUACAGUGCACUGCAGAUGCUAUUGCAAGAAAAUAAGAGGGUGAGGAGUAAGAUCCCCACAGCCUUUGAGAGUUUGAUGGGUCCACAUGUUAGUAAAGUGGACAAGAGACUGGAGCCGGGCCUGAGCAAGCUUUCCUGGACCUCUCUCAACAUCCAGGAGUACAUCCAGGAAGUGUACAGCGUGUUGGGAGAACUGGAGCUCCUGAUGGACCGUGCCCACGACCUGAUGGAGUUCCGGAUUGACGCCGUCCUGAAGGAGAUGUCCACUACCAAGCUGUGUCAGCUUCCAGAGGACGAGCCCUGGCUUUGUGACGCCUUCCUGGAGAACACUCAGAUGCUGUGUGCCAAAGGAGCUGUGGCCUUGCAGACAAAAUCUCUGGUGGUGGAGGAAGCGGCCAAUGAACUGAUCAACAUGUUGUGUCCUGUUGAUUUCGAGGAUGAAGAUGAGAAGAUUGAGAUGGAAGAAGAUGAAGAAGAACAACGAAGCCAGGCUGGUAGUCCCACUGGAUCCCAGGGAGCUAGGACCAGCAGCAGGAAGUCUCGCCCUGUGUCUUCUAAAGCUCAUCUAGUGGCCAAGAAGAAGCGAGAAAUGAGAGAGAACAUCGAGGAGGCAGCCAAUGAGCUGCUGGCUCACUUCAAUCACAGGAACCAGGACGCCCUGAUGAAGGUCACCAAGAAUACCCUGGAAUCUCUACGGAAACGAAUCACCUCUAGCUCGAUGGUCCACUACCUGGGAGAUUCUGGAGGCUUUGGUGAUGCUAAGAAAGAUAGUGGCCCCUUCUUUAAGACCUUCGCUACUUUGGCCAUCCCAAACAUUGUAAUGCAGCCUGCAUUAGAUGAGGUUCAACAGACUGUCAACAAAGCUGCUCAGAUGAUCAUAUCUGUCAGUAAAGGCGUGGCUAAAUGGAGUGAGGAGAGAAAACGACCUCAGAAAUCGGCUGUAGACCGUGAGCAUGCUGUGGCAGCCGAUCGCAGACAGAGUGUGGUCAGUGCUGCCUCUGAUGCUGCUGGAGAGAAGAAGGAAGAGGAAACUGAGAUGAAGAACUACACCAUCACCCAGCAGGCCAAGAACUACUUCAAGGCUGUGUCCGAGAACAAGGAAGUCACCAAGCUGGUGUCCCUUCUCUCCACAUCCAUCAACUCCACCAAAAAGGAGGUGACUACUGCCCUAGACCGAUUCUCUGGCUAUCACCCAAUCUGGGAAAAGGACAGAGAGGAUGACCUGGUGGAGUUCAACAAGGAAGACCCCAAGCUGUCGGAGUACGAGGCCAAAAUCAAGCACUACGAGGAGCUGGAGGUGGAGAUCAACGGACUGCCAGAGUUCUACGAUGUCGGCCCUAUUGCCCUGUAUACAGAGAACCUGAAGCUUGGUUUGACAACCGAAACCAAAGCAUGGAAGCUCCACUAUGGCAAAGCCUGUAACCAGAAAUAUAGCAUGGAGAUGGAGAGGAUCUUCACUUUCAUUGAGGACCUCACCAAGCGCCUGUCUCGGCCCCUCAAGGACCUCGAUGAUAUCAGGUUCGCCAUGGCAGCCCUUAAAGAAAUUCGAGAUGAUGAAAUCAGGAUUGACAUGUUGAUUGGUCCAAUUGAGGAGUCCUAUGCCAUGCUAAUCAAGCAUGACCUGCCGGUCAACAAGGAAGAGACAGAGAAGUGCGACACGCUGCGCUACUCCUGGGAGAAACUGCAGGUCCAGACCUCCGAGGUCCAGACGGAACUCCUCCAGGUUCAGCCGCAGUUCAAGUCGGAGCUUAUCGAAAACGUCAAAACCUUCAAUACGGACUGCAGUGACUUCUACGGCAAAUACGACACGCAAGGACCAAUGUGUGCUGGAGUUCCCCCUCGCGAGGCCUCUGACAGACUCAUCAUCUUCCAGAACAACUUUGACGUCCUUUACAAGAAGUUCAUCACUUACACUGGGGGAGAGGAACUGUUCGGUCUGCCUGUGUCAGAUUAUCCCAAGCUCGGACAGAUUAAGAAGGAGCUGAAUUUGCUCCAGAAGCUGUACAGCUUGUACAACAAUGUUCUGGAGACUGUGCAUGGAUAUUAUGACAUUCUGUGGGCGGACAUUAACAUUGAGAAAAUCAACAAUGAACUGCUUGAAUUCCAGAACAAGUGUAGGAAACUUCCACGUGCCUUAAAGGACUGGCCUGCCUUUGAAGACUUGAAGAAAACAAUUGACAACUUUAAUGAGAUGGUGCCUCUUCUUGAGCUGAUGACAAACAAGGCCAUGAAGCCGCGUCACUGGAAUAGGAUGGCUGAGGUUACAAGUCACGUGUUCGACGUGGAGAGUGACAACUUUGCUCUUAAGAACAUUCUGGAAGCCCCACUUCUUGAGUUCAAGGAAGAAAUUGAGGAUAUCUGUAUCUCAGCCGUCAAGGAGAAGGACAUUGAAGCCAAACUGAAACAGGUCAUUGCCGACUGGAACAACAAGGAAUUUACCUUCGCUCAAUUCAAGAACAGAGGAGAGUUACUGCUCAGGGGAGACAACACCUCAGAAAUUGUCUCACUUAUGGAAGACUCUCUCAUGGUUCUCAGCUCCCUGCUCAGCAACAGGUACAAUGCUCCCUUCAAGAAGAAUAUUCAGCUCUGGGUGCAGAAUUUGACCAACUCCUCUGAGAUCAUUGAGAACUGGAUGACUGUUCAGAACCUUUGGGUAUACUUGGAGGCUGUAUUUGUUGGUGGGGACAUUGCCAAACAGCUGCCCAAGGAAGCCAAACGUUUCAGCAACAUUGACAAGUCGUGGAUCAAGAUAAUGACCCGGGCCCACGAGACGCCCAAUGUGGUGCAGUGUUGUGUUGGAGACGAGACCCUGAUGCAGCUCCUGCCCCACCUCCUGGAACAGCUAGAGCUCUGUCAGAAGUCACUCACUGGAUACCUUGAGAAGAAGCGUCUGUUGUUCCCCCGAUUCUUCUUUGUGUCUGACCCCGCCCUGCUGGAGAUCCUGGGUCAGGCUAGCGACCCCCACACUAUCCAGGCCCACUUGUUGUCUGUGUUUGACAAUCUCAAGACAGUCAAGUUUCAUGAAAAAUUCUACGACCAGAUUCUGGCCAUUUACUCCUCAGAAAAUGAAACUAUAGAUCUUGAGAAGCCUGUGAAGGCUGAAGGUAAUGUGGAGACCUGGCUGAUGUCUCUCAUGUUGAUGUCCCAGAAGUCUCUGCACGGAGUCAUCCGGACGGCGGCCAUGUCUAUCCAGGAUAGCAGCUUCCAGCUUCUGGAGUUCCUCAACAUGUUUCCUGCCCAGGUUGGAAUCCUGGGUAUCCAGAUGAUCUGGACUCGUGAUUCCACAGAGGCACUGACCCACGCCCGCUACGACAGGAAGAUCAUGCAGCAGACGAACCAGGCGUUCCUGGACCUGCUGAACAUCCUGAUUAACCAGACCACACAGGACCUGACCAAGGUGGAAAGGACAAAGUUUGAGACCCUCAUCACUAUCCACGUCCACCAGAAGGACAUCUUUGAUGACCUGUGCCGCAUGCAUGUGAAGUCACCCACAGACUUUGAGUGGCUGAAGCAGUCCCGAUUCUAUUUCUUGGAGGACCAGGACAAGUGUCAGAUCUCGGUCACUGAUGUGGACUUUAUCUAUCAGAACGAGUUCCUGGGAUGUACCGAGCGUCUUGUCAUUACCCCUCUUACUGACAGAUGUUACAUAACCCUGGCUCAGGCCCUUGGAAUGUCAAUGGGAGGAGCUCCAGCUGGUCCCGCCGGGACAGGGAAAACAGAGACCACCAAAGACAUGGGUCGCUGUCUGGGUAAAUAUGUGGUUGUCUUCAACUGCUCCGAUCAGAUGGACUUCAGAGGUUUGGGUCGUAUCUACAAAGGUCUGGCCCAGUCUGGGUCAUGGGGAUGCUUUGACGAGUUCAAUCGUAUUGACUUGCCAGUGUUGUCUGUGGCUGCCCAGCAGAUUGCUAUUGUGUUAGGUGCCAAAAAGGAGAGGAAGAAGGCCUUCAUCUUUACAGAUGGUGAUAAUGUGACUCUAAGUCCAGAAUUUGGAAUCUUCUUGACAAUGAACCCUGGUUAUGCUGGUCGUCAGGAGUUGCCAGAAAAUCUGAAGAUCAACUUCCGUACUGUGGCCAUGAUGGUCCCUGACAGACAGAUUAUCAUCCGUGUCAAACUGGCCUCUGUUGGUUUCCUUGACAACAUCACGCUGGCCAGGAAAUUCUACACCCUGUACAAACUCUGUGAAGAGCAGCUCACAAAACAGGUGCAUUAUGACUUUGGUCUCAGAAACAUCCUGUCCUGUCUGAGAACCCUGGGUACUGUCAAGAGACAGAAUAAGGAUGACCCUGAGGCCAUGAGUGUGAUGAGAGUGUUGAGAGACAUGAACCUUUCUAAGCUUGUGGACCAAGACGAACCCCUCUUCCUGUCCCUGAUCAACGAUUUGUUCCCAGGAAUUACCUUGGACAAGGGAGGUUAUCCCGACCUGGAAGGAGCCAUAGCCAGACAGAUUGAUGAAGCUAAACUAGUGGCCCAUCCUCCAUGGACACUGAAACUCAUCCAGCUGUUCGAAACCCAGAGAGUGCGUCACGGUAUGAUGACCCUGGGACCCAGUGGAGCAGGAAAGACCUGCUGUAUCCACAUUCUGAUGAAGGCUAUGACAGACUGUGGAGAACCCCACAAGGAGCUGAGGAUGAACCCCAAGGCUAUCACCGCCCCCCAGAUGUUUGGUCGACUAGACGUAGCCACUAAUGACUGGACUGACGGAAUCUUCUCAACUCUGUGGAGAAGGACCCUCAGAGCCAAGAAAGGUGAACACAUCUGGUUGGUGCUGGACGGGCCUGUGGAUGCUAUCUGGAUCGAGAACUUGAACUCUGUGCUGGAUGACAACAAGACUCUGACCCUGGCUAAUGGGGACCGUAUCCCCAUGGCCCCCAACUGCAAGAUCAUCUUUGAGCCCCACAACAUUGACAAUGCCUCCCCCGCCACUGUCUCCAGGAACGGUAUGGUCUACAUGUCCAGCUCUGGCCUGGAUUGGAAACCAAUUCUACAGUGCUGGCUGAACUCUCGACCUGUCAAUGAGCAAGCCAUUAUCAUGGACCUGUUUGAGCGCUCAUUCCCGUUAGUGCUGCAGUAUGCCGUUCAGAACCUGACCUUUAAGAUGGAGGUCCUGGAAGCCUUCAUCAUCUCACAGGCCUGCAAGCUGCUAGAGGGACUGAUCCCCUCGAAGGACGACAAGGACUCGGGCUCGGUCAGCCAGUCCCACUAUGAACACUUGUACAUCUUCACUCUGAUGUGGACCAUCGGUGCCUUCCUGGAGUGGGACGACAGGAUUAAGGUGGAGGAAUUCAUGAGAGGCAAUGAUGACAUUGUAUUGGACCUGCCACCCACAAACAGGGACGCAGACGAAACAAUGUUUGAUUACAUGGUGGAUACCAAUGGCCAGUGGCAGCACUGGAGCAAUAAAGUGGAGCCUUACCAUUACCCAACAGACAGCACCCCAGAAUACGGCUCCAUUCUUGUUCCCAUGGUGGACAAUGUCCGUACAGAAUUUCUCAUCAACACCAUCUCCAAACAAGGCAAGGCUGUCCUCCUGAUUGGAGAGCAAGGUACCGCCAAGACUGUGAUGAUCAACGGUUACAUGGGCAAAUACAACCCAGAGUACCAUCUGGGUCAGUCACUCAACUUCUCUUCUGCCACCACUCCUCUCAUGUUCCAGAGAACAGUGGAAAGUUAUGUGGACAAGAGAGUGGGCAGUACCUAUGGUCCACCUGCUGGUAAGAAGAUGACAAUAUUUGUUGAUGACAUCAACAUGCCAGUCAUCAAUGAGUGGGGAGACCAGAUCGCUAACGAGAUUGUCAGACAACUGAUGGAGUACAAAGGAUUUUACAACCUGGAGAAACCAGGAGAUUUCACCAACAUUGCUGAUGUCCAGUUCUUGGCAGCCAUGAUUCAGCCAGGAGGAGGGAGAAAUGACAUUCCUCAGAGAUUGAAGAGACAGUUUGUGAUCAUUAACUGUACCCUUCCCUCCAACCCAUCCAUCGACAAGAUCUUCAGCUGUAUCGGGUGUGGUCACUACAUCACAGACAGAGGAUUCGCGAAGGAUGUGAUCGACAUGACAGCUAAACUGGUUCCCAUUACGAGACGACUCUGGCAGCUCACAAAGAUCAAGAUGUUGCCAACUCCAGCCAAGUUCCACUACAUUUUCAACUUGCGUGACUUGUCCAGAAUCUGGCAGGGCAUGAUCAACACGGAGUGUAGCGUGAUUAAAUCAGAGAAAGAACUGCUCUGGCUCUGGAAGCAUGAAUGUAGCCGUGUCAUUGCUGACAGAUUUACAAACUUUGAGGACCAGGCAUGGUUCAAUAAGACCAUGUCUCGUGUCAUUAAUGAGGAACUGAGCGAGACCCACGGAGCAAUGGUCGAUUCGACCCAUUAUUUUGUUGACUUCAUGAAAGAUGCCCCUGAAGCCACAGGUGAUGAGCCAGAAGAUACUGACUUUGACAUGCCAAAGAUCUAUGAACCGAUUCCCAGCUUUGAAGUCCUGGAAGAAAGGCUACAGAUGUUCUUACAACAGUACAAUGAGGGAAUCCGAGGAUCAGGAAUGGACCUGGUGUUCUUCAAGGAUGCCAUGAUACAUCUGGUGAAGGUGUCCAGGAUCAUCCGCACCCCCAGGGGUAACGCCCUCCUUGUGGGGGUGGGAGGGUCGGGCAAACAGUCCCUCACCAAGCUGGCUUCCUUCAUUGCCGGCUACAAGACGUUCCAAAUCACUCUCACAAGGUCGUACAAUGUGUCCAACCUGCUGGAAGACCUGAAGUACCUGUACCGUACGGCUGGUGCUCAGGGCAAGGGAAUCACCUUCAUCUUCACUGACCAGGAGAUCAAGGACGAAGCUUUCCUGGAGUACCUCAACAACGUUCUCUCCUCAGGAAUCGUAGCUAACUUGUUUGCCAGAGAUGAGAUGGAUGAGAUCAUGGGAGAACUUAUCCCUAUCAUGAAGAAAGAGUUUCCAAGGCGACCACCAUCCAAUGAAAAUUUGUACGACUACUACCUUACCAGAGUCCGAAACAAUCUCCACGUCGUAUUGUGUUUCUCCCCUGUUGGAGAGAAGUUCCGAGCAAGAGCCCUGAAGUUCCCCGGACUGAUCUCCGGAUGUACGAUGGAUUGGUUCCAGCGCUGGCCGAAGGAUGCUCUUAUUGCCGUGGCUGACCACUUCCUGUCCAACUUUAACAUCGAAUGCACCGCAGAGGUCAAGAAACAGGUCAUCCAAACCAUGGGUCUGAUCCAUGACGGAGUGGCAGAAUCCUGUGUCAGCUACUUCCAGAGAUACCGUCGCUCAACACAUGUGACUCCAAAGUCCUACUUAUCUUUCAUUAAUGGUUACAAGACAAUUUACUCCGACAAGAAAAAUGAAAUAGGAGAACUUGCAGAGAGAAUGAACACUGGUUUAGAGAAACUGAUCGAAGCUGGACAGCAAGUGGCCUUACUGAAAGAGGAGCUAGCAGUGAAAGAAAAAGAGUUGGCCAUUGCAUCAGAAAAAGCUGAUAAAGUGUUGAAAGAAGUAACAGUCAAAGCACAAGCCGCUGAAAAGGUGAAAGAGCAAGUGCAAAAGGUCAAGGACAAAGCUCAGGGCAUUGUAGAUGCCAUUGAGAGUGACAAGGUCAUUGCCUUUGAAAAGUUGGAGAAGGCUCGCCCAGCUCUUGAGGAGGCAGAGGCUGCCUUGAAUACCAUCAAACCAGCUGAUAUCGCCACUGUCCGAAAACUGGGUAAGCCCCCUCAUCUCAUCAUGAGGAUCAUGGACUCUGUACUGCUCUUGUUCCAGAAGAGGGUCAAUACAGUUGAAAUGGACCCAGAGAGACCUUGUAUUAAACCAUCAUGGGGUGAAGCUCUUAAGCUUAUGUCAGGAACCAACUUCCUGCAGUCCUUGAUGAACUUCCCCAAGGACUCCAUCAAUGAUGAGACCGUAGAGCUGCUGGAUCCUUACCUCUCACAGGAGGACUACACCCUGGAGGUCGCCAAGCGUGUCUGUGGUAACGUGGCUGGUCUCCUCUCUUGGACCAGGUCCAUGGCAGUGUUCUUUGAAAUCAACAAAGAGGUCCUGCCUUUGAAGGCCAACUUGGCAGUUCAGGAAGCCAGACUGCAGGUUGCCAUGGGAGACCUGCAGAAGGCCCAGGCUCAGCUGGAUGAGAAAGAGGCUGAGUUAGCCAAAGUGAGAGAAAUGUACGACCAGGCCAUGAGAGAGAAACAAACUCUUCUGGAUGAUGCAGAGACCUGUCGCAGGAAGAUGACAGCUGCUGCAGCGCUGAUUAAUGGACUCCAGGGAGAGAGAGACAGAUGGACAGAACAAAGCAAGGAGUUCAGGGCCCAAAUUGGCAGGUUGGUGGGGGAUGUACUGGUAUGCACCGCCUUCUUGUCCUACUCUGGUCCAUUCAACCAGGACUUCAGGCUCCUACUGAACCAGAAAUGGUUCAAGGAAUUAAAGAACCGGAAGAUUCCCUGCACCCUGAACUUGAGUGUUAUCGACAUGUUGACAGACCCCACUGUUAUUGGAGAGUGGAACUUACAAGGCCUGCCUAAUGACGAGCUGUCCACACAGAAUGGUAUCAUUGUGACCAAGGCCUCCAGAUACCCCCUGCUGAUUGACCCCCAGGGCCAGGGCAAGAACUGGAUCAAGAACCGGGAGGCCCAUAGCGAACUCCAGUUGACAUCUUUGAAUCACAAAUAUUUCCGUACCCAUCUUGAGGACUCUAUGUCUCUUGGGCGACCAUUACUGAUAGAGGAUGUAGCAGAAGAACUGGAUCCUGCUUUGGACAAUGUAUUGGAGAAAAACUUCAUCAAGGUCGGUUCAACCUUGAAGGUCAAGGUCGGAGACAAAGAGUGUGACAUCAUGAAGGGCUUUAGUUUGUACAUCACAACCAAGUUAGGUAACCCAUCCUACACCCCAGAAGUAUCUGCUAAGACGUCCAUCAUUGAUUUCACGGUCACCAUGAAGGGACUUGAGGACCAGCUUCUAGGACGUGUCAUCUUGACAGAGAAAGCUGAAUUGGAAUCUGAGAGAGUGAAGUUGAUGGAGGAUGUCCAGUCCAACAAGAAGAAGAUGAAGGAACUGGAAGACAACUUGCUGUACAGACUGACCAGUACUAAGGGAUCUCUGGUGGAUGAUGAAGAUUUGAUUAACGUGCUGAACACGACCAAAACCACUGCACAGGAUGUCAGCCAGAAACUGCAGGUCGCUGCAGAGACCCAGACAAAGAUUACCGUGGCAAGAGAGGAGUUCCGUCCAGUGGCAGCUCGCGGUAGCAUCCUGUAUUUCCUGAUUGUAGAGAUGGGACUUGUCAACUGCAUGUACCAAACCUCACUCAAACAGUUCCUCUACCUGUUUGACUUGUCCAUGGCCAGGUCUGCAAAAUCUCCAAUCACACAGAAAAGAAUUCAGAAUAUCAUUGAUUACAUGACUUUUGAGGUGUUCAAGUAUGCUGUUCGAGGUUUGUAUGAGGAGGACAAGAACACCUUCACUCUGCUCCUUACCCUCAAAAUCGACCUCGCUGCUGGUAAAAUCAAGCACGAGGAGUUCAUGACCCUCAUUAAGGGAGGUGCUUCCCUGGAUCUGAAUGUGGUGCAGCCCAAACCUCACAAAUGGAUUGUGGAUCUGACCUGGCUCAAUCUGGUGGAGCUGAGCAAUCUCCAUCAGUUCUCAGGAAUUCUUGAACAGGUGAGCAGAAAUGAGAAGCAGUGGAGGCAAUGGUUUGACAAAGAGGCUCCCGAGGAGGAAGUAAUUCCUGAUGGUUACAACAACUCCCUGGACGUGUUCCGUCGCCUGCUGUUGGUCAGAUCCUGGUGUCCCGACAGAACCAUGUCCCAGGCCAGGAAGUACAUCGCUGACACCCUGGGAGACAAGUACGCCGAGGGGGUGAUUCUGGACCUGGAGAAGAUGUGGAGUGAAAGCAACAGCAGAACUCCCAUGGUGUGUCUGCUGUCCAUGGGAUCUGAUCCUACCAACAAUAUUGAGGCCCUGGCCAAGAAACUGAAACUAGAGUGCAGAAACAUCUCUAUGGGACAGGGUCAGGAGGUACAUGCCCGGCGACUGAUGGCCCAGGGCAUGGCUAACGGGGGGUGGCUGCUGCUACAGAACUGUCACUUGUCCCUUGACUAUGUGGAGGAGGUGCUGGACCAGCUGAUAGAGACCGAGACCAUUCACCAAGAGUUCAGGCUCUGGGUCACCACUGAGGUCCAUAAAAAGUUCCCCAUCAACUUCCUGCAGAUUUCAAUUAAAUUCACCAAUGAACCUCCUCAAGGCAUCAAGGCCGGUCUGAAGAGAACGUACGCCGGUCUUAGCCAGGACUUCCUGGACAUAUCCAACAUGCCUCAGUGGAAGCCCAUGCUGUAUGGUGUGGCCUUCAUGCACACAGUGGUGCAAGAGAGAAGGAAGUUUGGACCACUGGGAUGGAAUAUUCCAUACGAGUUCAACGCCGCCGACUUCAACGCCAGUGUACAGUUUGUACAGAAUCAUUUGGAUGACAUGGACAUCAAAAAGGGAGUGAACUGGACCUGUGUCCGCUAUAUGUUUGGCGAGAUCCAAUAUGGUGGCCGUGUGACAGAUGACUACGACAAGAGGCUACUCAACACCUUCUGUAAAGUCUGGUUUGGAGAGAACAUGUUCCAGAGCAACUUCUGCUUCUACAAGGGCUACAUCAUCCCCAAGUGUGCCAAGAUGCAGGAAUACAUGGACUACAUCAAUAACCUGCCCGGUACAGACACCCCUGAGGCCUUCGGACUGCAUGCGAAUGCCGAUAUCACUUACCAGAGUAAGUCUGCAAAGACAGUGUUGGACACGAUUCUGGAGAUCCAGCCCAAGGACAGCAGUGGGGGAGGCAGUGGAGAGACCCGUGAGUCCAUUGUCUACCGUAUCUGUGAUGACAUGUUGGAGAAACUGCCCAAUGACUACGUACCCUUCGAGGUCAAGGCCAGACUGGAAAAAAUGGGUCGCCUGCAGCCAAUGAACAUCUUCCUGAAGCAGGAGAUUGACCGCAUGCAGCGCGUCAUCUCUCUGGUGAGGAGCACGCUCAGUGACCUGAAACUGGCUAUUGAUGGUACCAUCAUCAUGAGUGAGUCACUGCGUGAUGCACUGGACUGUAUGUACGAUGCCAGGAUUCCAAAACUGUGGCAGAAGAUUUCAUGGGAUUCCAGUACCCUUGGGUUCUGGUUUACAGAGUUGAUUGACAGAAACGGCCAAUUCCAUACCUGGUGCUUCGAUGGCCGACCCGUUACUUUCUGGAUGACUGGAUUCUUCAACGCUCAGGGAUUCCUUACAGCAAUGAGACAGGAAGUAACAAGAGCACACAAAGGUUGGGCCUUGGAUGGAGUGAUCCUACACAACGACGUCACCCGCCAAAUGAAAGACGACAUCACUACCCCACCCUCGGAGGGCGUGUACGUGUACGGACUCUUCCUUGAGGGAGCUGGGUGGGACAAGAGGGGCAGCAAACUCAUCGAGCCCAAACCCAAAGUCCUGUUUGAGCCCAUGCCGGUCAUUCACAUUUACGCUAUCAACACCACAUCCGACAAAGAGGACACUCGCAUGUACAAGUGUCCAAUCUACAAGAAACCUCGCAGGACGGACCUGACCUACAUUGCAGCCGUCUUCUUGAAGACCAAUCAGAACCCCGAUCACUGGGUGUUACGCGGUGUUGCUUUGCUCUGCGACAUCAAGUAAAAUGCGUAGCCUAUCAGCAGACUGUAUACCAAACCAAAUUGACUGUUUCCAAAAUGACAGGAUUGAACUGUUCAAGGACAUCCUUAUACUUAUUAUUUUCUCUAGUUAUUGUUCAAUAUUUUUGAAGAAUUUUAUCAACAAAUAGGACUUUUUAUACAUUAGAGGAUUAGGACCUAGCUCACUUUUGAGUAAAUCUACAUUUCAUUGCCAGUUUUAUAUUGAUAUAUAAAUAAUAUUUUUACACAUUAGAGAUACUGAUAUUUCUUACUGUCUCCGUCCAUUGCUUUGUAUGUUGAAUUGACCAGUCAGUUUUGUUACUUAUACAAGUUUAAAUCUGGAUGUAGAUGUUACAUUUUAUGUGUCCCAACAUUACUACUUUGUGUUGCACUUUAAUAUAUUGCUUGAAGGCAUUGCAAAAAUCAGCAAAUUCAAAAUUGAAAAUGUUAAUUUACAGUAUUCAACUUUCUGAACUGAUUCUGGUAAUUAAAUCUGUUCCUAUCUGGUUCACCCACCGAGCUUGAGAUAUCAAACUUGACAGUAAAACAUUUUGUAUGGAUAACAAGCAUAGAAUAGUAUUAACUUAUUAGCAUUACGAGACUUUGAUCCAAAGAGCUGUGAUAAGUUGGCCAACGACCUUUACUUGGUCAUGUGAUCUAGUUGCCGUCCAUUUCUUUAACCUUUCAGUGCAUUUAUGUUGUUAUUUCAUAGAGAAUAUUUAUUUCAUAGAUAAUAUUUAUUUCUUUUUUUUGAUUAGAGACAGAUUUUCCCCUGAGCUUCUUUAUAUUUGUAGCAUUUGUUUAUAAUUUAUCUGAUUUUCACAUCUUGUGGUGAAAUGUUCGCAUUAUUUUAUACCAAUGUUUUCAGCCAACUACUUGAGUAGUUCUGUUAGAUAAUAAACUUUAUUAAUAAU